UUCUACCGGAUUGUCAUUUUUGACAACAGCACAACAAUUUUCAUCGUAAAGAAAUUAGAAAGCUACUAACUUUUUAUUUAUAUGCAUUAAAAUUAUUAAGUUUUCUUAAAUAAAAAGCAUAAAAUAACAAAAUGGCUAAUAAGAAUAAAGGCAAUAACUCGGAGGGAAGCAAACAAGCUAAAUUAAAUAAACAAAAAUCUGAUGAUGUCAAAGAUUACAGUUCUUUUAAAACAGUUUUGUUUUAUUGUUCUUUAAUUGUAUUUCUACCAGUCGUUACCUUCUUUUUCCUGAACACCUUAGUGCUGGAUAGAUUUUUUAUUUUGACUGAAACGAAAAGCAACAUUUACUCUGCUGUGGGAGCGGUGUUAGCUCUACAUUUUGCUUUGGCUUUGUAUAUUUACCGGGCAUACUUUGGUGGUUCAACACAGAGACAAAAGGCUGAUUAAGCUCAAAAUAUGACGUAUUUUUUGUAAUAAUUUAAGUGAUCUUUUUUUACCACACAAAAGUAAGCAUUUUCCUGAACUAAUCAAUCAAUUCCAUUUUUUUUCGUUUAUUUAAUUUGUAGUAUAACACAUUUUCUUGUUUCUCCUUCAAAGCAAACAAAUGUAAAUAAAAAGAAAAGACAAUUUUUGUGUUAACAAAAGUAAUUUUAAAAGUAA